UUCCUGUACGAUUACGCGGCUUGGGAUUGCUUCCAGCAGACCGACGAGUUCCUCAUGCAGCACGUGUCGUGGUUCCAUCCGUCUCUGGACUUGGUGUACCCCAUCCUGAAGAUGUUCAUGAAGUGGACCAAGCUGCGGAUUGCGGACCGACCGGCGGCGCUUGCAUUGAUCCCGAAAUUCAAAUCUCGUUUUAUGUUUAUGACAGCAAAGCUCUUCAAGGUCUCCAUUCUGAAGGCGCACACGCAACCUUUCGAGGACGAUGGCGUACUGCUGGAACCGAUCGAGACCCCGUUCCUGAUUUUGUCGACGAUCCCUGCAGACGACUUGCGAAUACGGCUCCAGAAGUUGAACGAGAAGGUGGUGAAGAGCAAUUAA